UCGUCUUCGGGUCCCCGCUUUGAGAACUUCGUGUUUGCCGAUUUGGACUCUAGAUCGUGCGGGUGAGGGAAUAAGCUCCUAAACGCCGCCGCCGAGGGAGGCUGAGGCGAAUGUUGGAGCUAGAACUGCGGUGGGGAGUCUGUCCGCAUUCUGGACGGUUUCUCGGCUGUCAAAGUUUCUGUUGUGCCUUUUACCUUUCCAGGUGUUUGUCUUACCGGACAGCCCUGUGUGUGAGGAAGUGUAAGUGCCCUCAGUUUACAGCGGAGGAAGCGCUAGAUUCAGAGAAGUCGUCAUUUGCCGAAAGACACCGCUAAUAGUUGCAGAGCCGGGCCUUACGCUGUUUUCUAAAUCCAGACCCGGUAUUCUGCGUUGCGUCUGAGUUGAAGGCUUUCUGCCUUGUUGACGAAGGCCUAGCGGCCACACCCACAAAAUGGGAGAGGAGGCCAAUGACGACAAGAAGCCGACAACUAAAUUUGAACUAGAGAGAGAGACAGAACUUCGCUUUGAGGUGGAGGCAUCCCAGUCCGUUCAGUUGGAGCUGCUGGCUGGCAUGGCAGAAAUCUUUGGCACAGAGUUAACCCGGAACAAGAAAUUCACCUUUGACGCUGGUGCCAAGGUGGCUGUUUUCACUUGGCAUGGCUGUUCUGUCCAACUGAGUGGUCGCACUGAGGUGGCGUAUGUAUCCAAGGAUACCCCUAUGCUACUGUACCUCAACACCCAUACCGCUCUGGAGCAGAUGCGGAGGCAGGCGGAGAAGGAAGAAGAGCGAGGUCCCCGGGUCAUGGUGGUGGGUCCCACGGAUGUGGGCAAAUCCACAGUUUGCCGUCUACUACUCAACUAUGCAGUGCGUCUGGGCCGCCGUCCCACUUACGUGGAGCUGGAUGUGGGUCAGGGCUCUGUCUCCAUCCCUGGUACUAUGGGGGCCCUCUACAUUGAACGGCCAGCCGAUGUGGAAGAGGGCUUCUCUAUUCAGGCUCCUCUGGUCUAUCAUUUUGGCUCUACCACUCCUGGUACCAACAUCAAGCUUUAUAAUAAGAUUACAUCUCGUCUGGCAGAUGUGUUCAACCAAAGGUGUGAGGUGAACAGGAGGGCCUCUGUGAGUGGCUGUGUCAUUAACACCUGUGGCUGGGUCAAAGGCUCUGGCUACCAGGCUCUGGUGCACGCAGCCUCAGCCUUUGAGGUAGAUGUGGUUGUGGUUCUGGAUCAAGAACGGCUGUACAACGAACUGAAACGGGACCUACCCCACUUUGUACGGACUGUGCUGCUCCCUAAGUCAGGGGGUGUAGUUGAGCGCUCCAAGGACUUCAGGCGGGAAUGUAGGGAUGAACGUAUCCGGGAGUAUUUCUAUGGAUUCCGAGGCUGUUUCUACCCCCAUGCCUUCAAUGUCAAGUUUUCAGAUGUGAAAAUCUACAAAGUCGGGGCACCCACCAUCCCAGACUCCUGCUUGCCACUGGGCAUGUCUCAGGAGGAUAAUCAACUGAAGCUAGUACCUGUCACCCCGGGCCGAGAUAUGGUGCAUCACCUCCUGAGUGUAAGCACUGCGGAGGGCACAGAAGAGAACCUUUCGGAGACCAGCGUUGCUGGCUUCAUUGUGGUGACCAGUGUGGACCUGGAGCAUCAAGUGUUUACUGUCCUCUCUCCAGCCCCCCGUCCACUGCCUAAGAACUUCCUUCUCAUCAUGGAUAUCCGAUUCAUGGAUCUUAAGUAGAGGUCAGCACAAAGCCUUACUUCCUAGGACGUAGAGACCUGACUGUUAGCAAAGGCAGAAGGGCUAAGAGGUGAACAUCUGUUGGCCAGGAUGACCAGUAAAUAGUUGACUGAACAGAAAGCAUAUAGUCUACCUCUUAAAACAGGUGGUGGUAAUGAUUCUAGACUUGAACUAAAAGGAAAACCACCAACAAUGCCAAUUUGAAUUCUCCAAGACCAUGGAAAAUCCUGUUUCUUGCACUGUGCUUUUAUUAUGGGGACUAAUUUUUAAGAGGGUUUUUUUUAUCCUUGGUUUGGUAUCUAUAAAAAACUUGGCUGUGUCAUCAAUUCAAAGUGAAAGUGUGAAUUAGAGUAACUCAAACAGUAAAAUGUAACAAACUUGGAAGUAACAAAACAGUAACUUGGAAGAAAAUGUAUUUUCAUAAAUAUUUUUGGCAUAUCA